AUGGAGUCGCUUCCUCCGUUUCUUCCAAAUGCGGAAUUCAAGACACAACACGCCGCAGCUAUCGCCAAGCAGCUGAGAAAGGAUCAAACAAGAUGCAAAGAGGGCCUUAUGCCGAGCAGGCUUGCGCUGGUACUACCAGCCUCGCCAUCGCCGCUACUAGAUGCAAUCGCAGCCCACCUCACCCCUGACGUUGAAGUUUCGCGGGUGCUGAGGCUGGCUCGAUGCGAAGCCAUAAUUGGGAGCAUAAAAUCGUAUUGGAAUGGCCUCAAGCAUACAACGAGUGAAGAUCAAGAUACUCUUCUGAGUGGAGAGGUUCAUGUGCCAAAAACCGAAGAACUCGAGGCGACGCUCAAAGUGCUACAGUACCUGCAGGGGAGAGGACCAGUCUCCAACAUUACGCCUCGCAGUUCCCUAACAGAGGUAAUCGCAGCAGUCAGAUCUCAGCUUAGAAUGAGUGAUGACAUGCGAAGAGAUUUUCAUAACGAGGGACGAAAAGGAGUCUCCAAGCAGCGAUGCUACAUGUGCCGACAACAGCAUAUGAAAGGCGACGCCCACGAUCUAUAUCCUGCGCUCUGCAUUCCUUGCGGUGCAUUCAAUAUCAGCUCGUCAAGGUUGUCCCUGCCGGAAAGUCUAGUGCUGGAUGGGAAAAUAGCACUGGUUACUGGGGGACGGAUCAACCUGGGCUAUCACACAGCCUUGAGACUGCUGCGAUGCGGUGCCCAUGUUAUUGUCUCUUCGCGGUACCCAGCUGAUGCAGUGAGUCGAUAUGCGAGGGAAGUCGACUUUGAGCGCUGGCAGUCGAGAUUGAAAGUCGUCGGCGCUGACUUCAGGGCCGCAAAAGACGCAUUUAGACUCGUGCGUGUCGUGAGAAGACUUUUAUAUCCCUGGCACGAAGAAAACCCCGAGUCAGUCGAGCGAAGAUUCCUGGACAUUCUGAUCAACAAUGCUGCCCAGACACUGACGGAUCCUGUCAAGGCCGAGAUUAAAGCAAUUUCUCGAGAACAGCGAUUGAAUGAUCGUUCGCCGGUCAACAGGUUGAUCGCUGACACGGCUGAUGACGGGUAUGUACCGACGGUCAGAGGAGGUCUUGAUGCAUCCUGGAUCCCCAAAAUCGAGAAUGGGGGAGAGCUAUUAGAGAACGGAACUGGAAGCAAUGGAGAUAAAGCAGAGGAGCGUUCAAUCGCCCAGAAAGGUCUUCACACGGGCGACGAGACAAGACUUGGGAAGUCAUCCUGGAAGCAAUCGCUGGACGAGAUACCCUAUGAAGAUCUGAUCAGUGCACACUCCGUCAAUGCAUUUGUGCCUCUCAUAUUGUGUCGGGAACUGCUGCCUUGCAUGGGCACGGAUGACCCCAAGUCUUCCAAAAGGCCCCUGGGCUAUAUUGUGAAUGUAUCCUCACGGGAAGGCAUUUUCGACGACGUGGCAAAUUCUCGCAGCAAAGCAGGCCAUCAUGUUCACACAAACAUGUCCAAGGCUGCCAUCAACAUGAUCACUGAGACAGAGGCGACUACUGCUUGGAAUACUCGUCGUGUCGCAAUGAACUCCGUCGAUCCGGGUUACAUGAGUGCAGCACCAGACUGCCAGCCUAGAGAUGGUUGUCCGAUUGGGUUUGAAGAUGGUGCUGCUCGCGUCCUCUGGCCCAUUGUCGUAGGAGAGCGCGAGGGCCGGGUGGUCUCUGGCAGGUUUCUCAAGCAUUUUGAGGAGGGCGCUGCCAUAAUUCGACGUGGUUAG